UUUCUAUUGUUUUUAUCGUUUUCAUCCUCUAGCUUUCAUUAUUUUUCUAUUUUAAUCAUUCCUGUCAACUUUUCUAAUAAAUGUGCUGAGUUGAAUUACCUUGAUUGCCCCAUAAACGACACAUCAUCAAUAUUCUACUUCCUUAGUUUAAAAAUAUAUAGCCGAUUGCAAAGGUAAAUCAAUUUCCUUAAUCGUGCAAGAAAAAGAGCGGGGUUUGAAACUGAACUUGGAUCCCCAGCCGCGUCAUUGUUGUCUGCUGAAAUCAAGGUAAUCUAACUCAACACAUUUAAUGGAAAAACAAUGCAAGUUACAUGAUGAAAACGAUAAAAAAAUAGAUAAAGGAUGAAAAAAGAAAAAUAAGCGAACGUACAGGUCUAAAUGUGUAUUUUUUUCUAAAUAAACAUAAACAUAAACAAAAAUAAAAAGAGGGUCCCACCCAACCUGAACCAAGCCUUUCCUCACCUCAUUAAUGCACGCACAAGAAAGACUCCCAGUCCCUGCGCUGUCACGAUUGAUCUUUCCCCCACCGUCUGAUAGAUGAUAUCCGUAUUCGGAUCUGCGAUUCCUCUUCGGACCUGACCCGACUGCAAACCCUAGCCCACUCACCGCCCACCGGCGUCCUCCAGCUGACCGCCUCACGGCCCAAACCCCUCUCUCUCUCUCCCUCAAUCCCCCCGGCUCUCACUCCUAGACAACUAAUGCAUGCGUCUCCGGAGUCUUCGGUCCACUAGCGGCCCGGCGCAUCUCCCAGAUAUUCCCAUUUUCAGGUUUCUUUCCUGAAGGAUUUUCUGCGGGACAGUUUCGGCGGCGGAAGUCGUCGUUGCUCCGGUGCAGGAGGUCGGAGGAGACGGCCGUGCUUCUCUUAAAGAUCUCACUCAAGUCCAGAAUGGUAUAGGUACUUGGGAUAAUCAUGGCUUCUAAAGGUCCAAGGUCAAAACUUGAUCAUGAGACAAGGGCUCGGCGCCAAAAGGCUCUUGAAGCUCCCAGAGAACCUCGUCGCCCUAAAUCUCACUGGGAUCAUGUUUUAGAAGAGAUGGUUUGGCUAUCAAAGGAUUUCGAGUCAGAAAGAAAAUGGAAGUUAGCACAGGCAAAGAGGGUAGCUUUAAGAGCAAGCAAGGGCAUGUUGGAUCAAGCUACAAGGGGAGAAAGGAAACUUAAGGAAGAAGAGCACAGGCUGAGAAAGGUUGCAUCAAAUAUUUCGAAGGAUGUUAAGAAGUUCUGGAUAAAAAUAGAAAAACUGGUGCUGUACAAGCAUCAGAUGGAGCUUGACGUAAAAAAGAAGAAGGCACUUGACAAGCAACUUGAGUUUCUUUUAGGCCAAACUGAGAGGUACUCAACGAUGCUGGCAGAAAAUCUCGUGGAUGUACGUAGGCCCUUGCAACAGAAUAAUGCUCCUGAUAGUCAAAUGAAAAUCUCUGAUAAAGAAGCUGAUGAAGUUAGACUGAGGGAGGAAGUAGAAUUAGAAGCUGAACCUCUUGUUGAGACUGCAGAUGAUGAUGAUUUUGACUUACAGACUGAGGAUGAAUCAGAAGAUGAUGAGCACACCAUCGAAGAAGACGAGGCUCUCAUAACUGCAGAAGAAAGGCAAGAAGAACUAGAAGCUUUGCAAAAUGAAAUGGAUGUUCCACUUGAGGAGUUGCUCGAACGAUAUGCUGUAGGGAAAGGAAGUAGACAGACUCAUCCAGGAACUACUGAAGAUGCUUAUCCAGAGCCCCCAGAUGAUAGAGAUCAGGGCCCUGGGAUGAAUCUUUGUUCUUCUGGCAAGACACAGACAAACAGCUCAACUGGUCGUCGUUGUGCUGAAAGUAAUGGAAGCUUGUUUGUAGCAGAAAACCACGUAUCUGAAGUCAUGACAUGCCAAGCGAACAAUCAUUCCAAGAGCUUGGAGGAAACCGGGAACCAAAAUUUGCACUAUGACUUUCACGAGGAGCAGGAAGAUGGUGAUUUUGUUGCUGCUGGCGGUGAAGAAAAGGAUGAUGAAGGGACUUUGUCAGAGGAGGAGGAACUGGCCAGAGCAGAAUCUUAUGAUCCCAUGGAUGAGCUUGCCCUACUGCAAAAGGAAAGUGAGAUCCCUGUUGAAGAACUGAUUGCAAGAUAUAAGAAGGACUUAAAUAACGGUUCCAUUUCAGAGGAUGAAUCUGAUUAUGCCUCUGCUCUAUCAGAAGAUCUUGAAGAUACUGCAGGCUCUGAGCACGACGAAUUGAGAAAUCAAGAUGUCUAUCUUAGUCAGAAUGCAGAAGUUGGGGGAGGCUCGAUUUCUCACUCUUCCCCUGAGGAAGAACAGGAAACAGAUGUUGGGAAUGAAUCUGAGGUGAGAGAGAGUGACUCUAGAAUUGCAGAUGCGGCUGCAGCUGCUAGAUCUGCUCAACCAACAGGAAACACAUUCUUGACGACCAAAGUGCGCACAAAGUUUCCCUUUCUUCUCAAGCAUCCACUACGGGAGUAUCAACAUAUUGGGCUGGAUUGGCUUGUCACCAUGUAUGAGAAACGAUUAAACGGCAUUCUAGCUGAUGAGAUGGGGCUUGGAAAGACCAUUAUGACCAUUGCCCUGCUUGCGCACCUUGCUUGUGAGAAGGGAAUAUGGGGUCCUCACCUAAUUGUUGUUCCGACUAGUGUCAUGCUAAAUUGGGAAACUGAAUUUCUCAAGUGGUGUCCUGCUUUUAAGAUAUUAACUUACUUUGGAAGUGCAAAGGAACGCAGGUUCAAGCGGCAAGGUUGGUUGAAACCCAAUUCCUUUCAUGUGUGCAUAACGACUUACAGGCUCGUCAUACAAGACUCAAAAAUCUUCAAGCGGAAGAAGUGGAAGUAUUUGAUCUUGGACGAGGCUCAUCUUAUUAAGAACUGGAAAUCUCAGAGGUGGCAAACUCUUUUGAAUUUCCACUCGAAGCGGCGCAUUUUGCUGACCGGCACACCUCUGCAGAAUGAUCUUAUGGAACUCUGGUCUCUGAUGCACUUUUUGAUGCCCCACAUAUUUCAAUCUCAUCAAGAAUUUAAGGAUUGGUUUUGUAAUCCAAUAUCAGGAAUGGUAGAGGGCCAGGAGAAGGUAAAUAAGGAAGUUGUUGAUAGACUGCACAAUGUCCUUCGACCUUUCAUACUCCGUAGAUUGAAACGGGAUGUGGAGAAGCAGCUUCCAAUGAAACAUGAACAUGUAAUAUACUGUAGACUUUCUCGGAGGCAGCGGAAUCUGUAUGAAGACUUCAUUGCUAGCUCGGAGACUCAAGCUACUCUCGCAAGUGCAAAUUUUUUUGGAAUGAUUAGUGUUAUAAUGCAACUUCGCAAGGUCUGCAACCACCCAGAUUUAUUUGAGGGCCGGCCAAUCAUAAGUUCUUUUGAUAUGAGCGGCAUUGACAUGCAGUUAAGUUCCUCCGUCUGUUCUGUGCUUUCAAAUGGUCCGUUUACAGCAAUCGACCUUCAAGGGUUGGGCUUGUUGUUUACACAUCUUGAUUUUUGCAUGGCUUCAUGGGAGAGUGAUGAAGUCAGGUCAAUUGAAACUCCAUCAAGUUUAAUUAUAGAGCGGGUUGAUAAAGACAUUAGACACGGACUGAACAGUCAGAGGAGGUCUAGUGGAAUGAAUAUAUUUGAGGAGAUCCAAAAGGCCAUACAAGAGGAGAGAUUGAGAAAAGCAGAGGAACGCGCAGCAUCUAUUGCUUGGUGGAAUUCACUUAGGUGCCGAAAGAAGCCCAUGUACCCCACAACCCUGAGGGAGAUCAUCACAAUUAGGCAUCCAGUCCAUGAGAUUCACCAGCAGAAAGCUAGUUGCUUGUCGUACUCAUAUUCCUCCAAGCUCGCGGACAUUGUUCUUUCACCAGUAGAGCGUUUUGAGAGGAUGAUUGAUGUUAUCGAGAGUUUCAUGUUUGCAAUUCCUGCAGCACGGGCCCCAGAACCUGUUUGCUGGUGCAGUAAAAGUGGCAGCCCUGUCUUUCUAUCAUCAGAGUUUAAGAAAAAGUGCUCUGAAACUUUCUCACCUCUUUUAUCGCCUAUCAGACCAGCCAUUGUCCGCAGGCAGGUAUAUUUUCCUGAUAGGCGACUUAUACAGUUUGAUUGUGGGAAGUUGCAGGAACUGGCAAUCUUGCUUAGGAAAUUGAAAUCUGAAGGUCAUAGGGCGUUAAUAUUUACCCAAAUGACCAAGAUGCUUGAUGUUUUGGAAGCUUUUAUAAGCCUGUAUGGCUAUACCUACAUGCGUUUGGAUGGGUCCACGCAACCAGAAGAGAGACAAACUCUGAUGCAGCGGUUCAAUACAAACCCCAAAAUUUUUCUUUUUAUCUUGUCAACUCGUAGCGGAGGUGUUGGUAUUAAUCUAGUUGGUGCGGAUACUGUUAUUUUCUAUGAUAGCGACUGGAACCCUGCAAUGGAUCAGCAAGCUCAAGAUCGAUGCCAUAGGAUUGGGCAGACACGCGAAGUGCACAUCUAUAGAUUAAUUAGUGAGAGCACUAUUGAAGAGAACAUACUGAAGAAAGCAAAUCAGAAGCGUGCUCUUGAUGAUCUUGUUAUACAAAGUGGUGGAUACAACACUGAGUUCUUCAAGAAGCUCGAUCCCAUGGAAUUGUUCUCAGGUCACAGGACCCUGCCUGCGAAGAAUAUGCAGAGGGAGAAGAAUGAGAGCAGUGGGUCCGAAGUUUCUCCAUCUAAUGCAGAUGUUGAGGCUGCUCUAAAACAGGCAGAAGAUGAGGCAGAUUAUAUGGCACUGAAGAGAGUUGAACAGGAAGAGGCUGUAGAUAACCAAGAAUUCACUGAGGAACCGAUUGGCAGGAUGGAAGAUGACGACUUUGUAAAUGAGGAUGAUUUGAAGGAUGAUGAGCCUGCAGAUCAUGCUGGUGGGAGCGCAUCUCUAGAUAAGGAGACGGGUGCAAUGAUCAACAGCAGUGAUUUCACUGAAGGGCAGGUUCUCACUCUUGCUGAGAAAGAAGAAGAAGAUGUUGACAUGCUUGCUGAUGUAAGACAGAUGGCAGAAGCGGCAGCUGCAUCUGGUCAGGCAAUAUCCUCAUUUGAGAAUCAGCUACGUCCAAUUGAUCGCUAUGCAAUACGGUUUUUUGAACUUUGGGACCCGAUUAUAGACAAGGCGACCCUGGAGUCUCAGAUAAAGUUUGAAGAAACGGAAUGGGAGCUGGAUCGUAUAGAGAAGUACAAGGAAGACAUGGAAGCUGAAAUCGAUGAUGAUGAGGAACCUUUCAUAUAUGAAAGAUGGGAUACUGAUUUUGCAACGGAGGCAUAUAGACAGCAAGUUGAGGCACUGGCUCAACAUCAACUGAUGGAAGAGUUGGCUAUGGAAGCUAAGGAGAAGGAGAAAGCUGAGGCUGAGAACUGUGAUGAGAUGAGUGAGCCUCCUAGGACUUCUAAAUCCAAGUCAAAGAAGAAGGCCAAAAAGGCCAAGUUUAAGUCUCUGAAGAAAGGCUCCUUAGCUUCUGAAGCAAAACCUGUCAAAGAAGAACCUUUAGAAGAUUCAAUGUACCUAGAUGAUGAUGGAAACGAUGUUCCUUUCUCAGAUGAAGUUAAAUCUUUAGAUGCACCAUCACCACAUUCACCUAUGCAGAAGAAACGCAAGGACAAGCCUACUGAGAAUUCUGAAGGACAGUCAUCAAAAAAGAAGUUGAAGAAACAGAGGACUGCUUCUGUGGAUAUGUUUCCUUCAGAUCCGGAUUGCCAUAUUUCUGGUAGGCAGCAUAGUGAUUCCGAGUAUGAGCAGAAAACUCCCAUCCGGAAUCGUGCAAGUGGGAAAUUCUCCAUUGCGAUGUUGCCAUCUAAACGCUCAGUCCUAAUAAAGGUAGAGAGGUUUAAGAAGACAGAUUUUUGGCCUAGAGAUCGAAUUCCACCGUCUGAUCCUUGGUGGCCGCAAGAGGAUGCAAUAUUAUGUGCUGGAGUACAUGAAUAUGGUCCAAACUGGGGACUUAUCAGCGAUCUGCUUUAUGGGAUGGCUUCCGGUGGUUCUUAUCGUGGAAGAUAUCGGCAUCCUGUUCACUGUUCUGAGAGGUUCAGGGAACUCAUUCAGAAUUACAUCAUGUCCGCAUCAGACAAUCCUAACAGUGAAAAAACUGGUUCAGUGGGCUCCGGAAAAGCUCUUUUUAGGGUUACUGAGGAUAAUAUUCGUUUACUUCUGGAUGUAGCCUCAGAAUUGCCCGAUAAGGAGUUGCUUCUUCAGAGACACUUCACAGCCCUGCUCUCAUCUGUAUGGAUGGCGACUAACCCUGUGGAUCGUGCACUGAGUCUCUUGCCAUCCAAAAAUAGCCUCUAUUUCGGGGGAAGGCUUUUCAGUUCUCAUAUCAAUCACGGUCGGCAGAAUUCUACCCGUGACCCUCCCAUAAAGGUUAAAAUGAUCCACUCAGCCCAGAGUAGGAAAUUACUAUCAGAUGCCCUACAUGAUGCCAUUGAUAACAAGCAGAAGGAGAUAGUUUGCCUCUCAGACAACGAGGAAGAAGUUCCUUGCAUGGAAGAAGGUUUGCAGCUGACAUUGGAAAUCCCGCAGGAGGAAGAUGAUUCCCAAUUGCCCUCUGUUUUGAAUCUUUCAAUACCUGGAUCUUAUCGUCCUCCUGAUGGAAAGGAUACUGGAGAGGAUCAUCUAAAAACAUCGAAGCAUAUGGCGGAAUCUCGUUUUAGGGAGGCAUCGUGCGCUUGUCUCGAAGGAAGCCUUGGUUGGGCUUCAUCUGCCUUCCCCACAAAUGAUGCCAAGUCUCGCGCAGGUGGGAAGCCCCAGAUUCUGGGGAAACAUAAGCCCCCUCUUCCAGACUUGAUCAAGCCUUCAAAGUCAAAGUCAAGGAAGACCAACUCGGGAUCCGCCCAAACGGGCGACUUGAUUUACGAAGCAGCAGCUCAUGAUCUUAUCGCGUACCUGAUGCCGCCACCUGCAUCACCACUCACGGACCCCAAUUUGAAAUUUGACUUCGUGGAACCCACUGGAGCAGCAGCAGAUGAUUCCGAGGAUAAUUUGAAGUCGCUAACAGAUGAGGAUCUUUUGUCGCAGAUUGAGAACUCGGAGUCUGUUCCACAUGAUUAUGACCCGGGAUUACUGUCUGGCCUCGAUGACUAUUCAUCUUUGCCUGAAUAUACUGAUGUUGGGUAGCAUUUCUGAAGGCGCAAGGCAUUUCGAUUAUGAGAGUGCUUAAUGCUAGGAGAACAACGGGUUCUCUUCACUUAGAUACCGAGGUCGACAGAUAUCCUGCCAUUUAAUUUCGCCCCAAAUCCAGGCACAUUUUCCCAUGAUCGAGAGGGUGAUUGGUGUUCUGCCUCUUCCAUGUCGGGAUUCUUCUGGGUAUGAUGGUGUGGGACAGGUCUGGUUAUUAGGAUAGACGGAGGAAUCUAACAUGCGAUCUGUUAUUUAAUUAUUUCGAUGCUAAACCUGUGCUAGUUUUGUUAGUGUCAGGUGGAGCAUCACCGAUGAUAUCUGUAUUGGCAUGGUUUCAACAUUUAAAGGUAGUUCGAAAGGGAAAGCACCGAUUUAUGCAGAA